AUGCCAGCCGUCACUCUCCACCUUGAACCAUCUCACCAAGCACAUUACGCCGUUGCCAAGUCUCUCCCCACACUGCUCUCUACACCAUCUGGUGUCGCGAUCGUCGAGAUACAAGGGACCAUCCAUGCUCCCUUUCCCAGUCCUGAAGAUGACCCAAGCUCCGCAUUGCCGACGCAAACAGCGAUUGGCCACCUCGACUUCCCGGACUACGACCCUAUGACGCCAGAUGAUACCAAAUGGAUGAAGAAAGCCUACCUCUACGUUGGUCGAAAUCAGAGGUUGGUGGGCGAGGUCAAGAAACUGGCGAAGCCUAUCGCGGUGCUUAGAAAGCGAGGGGUGGGCGAGUCUGAGGGGGAAAUGGACAGGCGGCAGCAGAAAGGCGAGAAGCUCGACCAAGAGGCUUUGGAGAUUUUGGAGGUGGUGAAAUUCAGGAUCUUGUUCCAGGGCCGACCGGAGCCGGUGUGA